UACCGGUGUUACCAAUCAGAUUUUUUUUUCUGCUCUGAAUGAAAGCUUAGUAAUACACAGGCUACCUCGUUCUCCGGUGCCUAUAGAUUGCAGCAGGAACGCACGGCGACCCGAGUCUUCUUCCAUGGCCGCAAACCCAGCAUACGAGGCGGUGGAUUUCGAACCCGACGAGGAUGAUCUCAUGGAUGAGGACGGCGCAGUGGAGGUGGAGGCCUCACCUGCGGCGCCGCCCGCCCCGCGUCUGAGGUCUGCUAUUACUGGGGGCGCCGGAGAUUCAUCCGGCCUGCCGAGGAAAACCAAGGGACGGGGGUUCAGAGAGGCCGAGGCUGAGGCCGAACGCAACCGUCGAUUUGCUGCCAAGGAUUUCGAAUCCCUUGGCUCUGGCGGUGGACCUGGUCCGCAGCGAUCCAUAGAGGGUUGGAUCGUGUUGGUCACUGGAGUUCAUGAAGAAGCUCAAGAAGAAGAUCUUCACAAUGCCUUUCGUGAGUUUGGUCAGGUCAAGAAUUUGCAUCUAAAUCUUGAUCGCCGUACUGGUUAUGUCAAGGGUUAUGCUCUAAUUGAAUAUGAAAAUUUUGAGGAGGCGCAGAGUGCAAUUAAUGCACUAAAUGGAACUGAGCUCCUUACUCAAAUUGUUUAUGUUGAUUGGGCAUUUAGCAAUGGUCCUAUCAAGCGCAGACCUAUGAGGCGAAGGUCUCCUCGUGCUCAUCGAUCAAGGAGUCCUCCCAGGAGGAGAUAUCCAUGAGGACGGCAAG